AUGUUAGAUGAAGGAGGUCUAUCAACUGCGAAAGCCGUUCUUUGUCAUGAGCCGCCGCACGAGUUGGGUGAUUUUGCCAUCCUCUUACAUGCGAGUAUGUGCGGCAAGGCGGCCGUAUUCUAUAUCCCGCUAGCAAGCAUUCUCUGUGCAGCUGAAACUGUGAUUGAACUACUUCUGGACCGAAUCGCCUCGAUCGUCAUACUGACUGCCGGAAUGUUCGUCUAUAUCGCUUUGGUCGAUAUGAUGCCAGAAUUGGCCACCAACCGCCCGAAGGGUCAACGUUGCUGCCACCGACCGAGCAUACUCUUCAUUUGGCGAAAUGUUUGUAUUCCGCUUGGCUACGGCAUCGUGUUGUUGAUCGACUUCUACGAGACCCGAAUCACCUAG